AUGACUGAGAAAGCUGUGCUGGAAAAGAAGAUAAGCAUCAUAAAGAGAGCACUCGGACAUUAUCCAGGUCACAUUAACCUGCUCCUUGCCAAGAUUGAGCUCAGUGCGGAUUCAAGCAAGAUUAACAAAGAUCUUGAACAUCUUCUUCUGUUUGUCCAUCCAGCCAAUACGAAGCUCUGGAAGUACCACCUCAUGUUAAAGUCCAGACUGACUGUGUUCACUGUUGCGAAACAGUGCAAACUCUACCACAAGUGUUUGAAAAUGUUGCUCAGAAUCCAUACUGGGGUUUUGCACACUCACUCAGUUCCUGAAAAUCUGGAACAUGAAAUAAUUGUUCCUGAUUCAAGUUGGCUUCAAACCAUUCUGGGAUUCAACCUUUUCUGCCCUCCACUUUUGAAGAGUGCAUCUAAAGAAAGCAAGAUGGCUGCCUUUGAAGAGUUCUGGGAUAAUGAGUCAGCAAAACUUGGAACCCAGGGGGCUUGUGGGUGGAAUCAGACUGGACGCGAGGCUGGAAGUGUUGUGCUGAAUGCUCUUGAAGAGAAAGAGGAAGACAUUAUAGAGAGGAAGGAAAGCAAAAAUUCCACCUGGUUUAAGAUUGAGUUGCUAAGAGACCAUCACCAUUGGUUGCCAUGGAAACCUGACCUCUCCAAAGGUCAGACUGAGGAGGAUUGUGAAGACCCUGAGAGGUUGGUCGUGUACGAUGAUGUAAAGCCAGUGGUGUUUGAUAUCUCCGAGAUGCUACAUUAUGACCUCAUUAUUGCCUUGCUUGAAAUUCUAGGACAUGAAUCCCAGGGGUGUCUGAAAUCAAAAGGCCUCCAUAAAUACAAGCUAAAGCUUAUAGUUCACCACAUGGCUGUGUCGUCAGGCCUGGUAUCAUAUCUCCGAGACCAUCUAGAUCAGGCGCUGCAGGCCUUUCCCAAUUAUCCAAUAUUUUUGUCAUUAUUUGUGGACAUUGAGAGAAAAUCAAAGAUCAGCGGUCGACUGAAUCGGUUCUUUGACAGGGCCUGUAGGAUGGCAGAGUCUCAUAUUCCAGUUGCUGUUGGAGUGGGCUUUCUCUGCAGUGUUAUUCAGGAUAGAAAAUCUAUAGACUACAGUUCAACACUGAGUGGACUGGUUCAUCGUGCCAGAUCAUGGCUGGAACACAGUCUGUCUACAACCAGUCUGGAACACUCCAUCCUGCUCUGGAGGCUGUAUCUCACACUCGAGAGCCAGGUAGAGGAAAGGGGCAGACUGAAGGGUGUGUUCUACAGGGCCGUACAACACUGCCCCUGGGUUAAGAGUGUGUACCUUGAUGGAGUGAGACUUCUGGGUGAGGCGCAGCUGCAGGAGAUUGUGGACCUCAUGACAGAGAAAGAAAUACGCAUUCAUCUGCCUACUGAGGAACUAGAUAUCCUCAUUAGUCCAUAA